AUGUCGUCUCCAGCUGCCAAGACUCCAAGAACUCAAAAAAGUUCAUCGUCGUCUUUGAAGUAUCCUUUGGGGGAGGAAGUGGUCAAAGUGCUGGAGGAGUCCUUCGAGGAUUUUCAGUAUUUGACUGAAAAGAGGAUGUCAAAAAUCAAGAGCCAGAUUGGGCAUUGCUUUGAGAAUCAGGAGAUCUCUGAAUGGUUUGCGGCACGACGUCUUCAGGAAAUCGAGAAGGACGGAGAGGGUCCACGCGCCUACGAGCGUCUUCCGGUGGAGAUGGCCUUCCUCCACUUCACAUACGAUAGAGAGCCCAACGUCAAGAAGCUCAACUUCUUCACCUGGGCCAAGGUCCACGUCAUCAGUGAGACGGAUAUCCGCACCUACUAUAAGGAGCGAGCGGAGCGAGACAAGAUCCGUGGGGUGGUGUUGCCAAGCGAGGAAGACGCUGAAGAAGAGUCUUCUCCACCAUCAUCUCCGGGACCAUUCCGUCGCCCAAGAGGUCGAUCAUCAUCUGGAGCCACGCCAUCGUUCAAGAAACCCAAGAAGAACUAA